UAAUAAAAAGAAGAUAAUUAUUUACUUGAUUAAAGAGAAGUAGAAUUAUACAUAAUAGGAUUAUUGAAUAAUUAUUAAUAAUUAAUCGUUCCUUAAUUUAAUUAAUUUUAAGUUGAUUAAACUUGCUUAAUUUAAUUAAAGAAUAAAUUACCUUACGAAUUUAUUGAGAAUGCUAAUCUCUUUGAAUAUUUAAUUUAUUAAAAUACUUUAGGUUAAAAUUAUUCUCUGGAUAUUUUGUAUUUUGUUAUUUUUUCUUCAAUUUAGUAGUAAGAUUAAUAAAUUAAAGAUAAUAUUCUUUAGAAUGUUCUAUAUUAAACUAUUUUUAUGAUGAAAAAUAUAAUUGAACUAAACGACUUUUAUUAAAAUAAAAUAUACUCAUAAAUAUUAGAAGGAAUAUAUAAAUUUUUUAAAAUAACAAUCAAACAUAUAAUAAAUAAAUAAAAAAAUGAUGGAUUACUUAUUUUAUGUUUAUAUGAAAAAGCAAUAGAAUAAGCCUAAUAAGAAGAAACUUUAAAUAAACUUUAUGACUUUAAAAUAUUGAAUGGAUAUAAUAAAGCAUAUAAAUAUAUUUUAAGAAGUUUAUUUGGAAAUGGAUUUGAUAAUUCUGAUUUACAAACUUUCGUAUACGAAAAUAUAUUCCAAUUUUUCGAGAAAAAUUAAAUUUAAAAUUACUAAAACAAAUCUAAUUUUAAUUCUGAAUAAAUUUUUAACUCAAUAGAAAAAAAAAGUUAAGAAGAAUUAUUUAAAUUUGAAUUUGAAGAAGAUGAGGAGAAGAAGUAAAAUAAUAAAGAAAUAUAAAUAGAUGAAAACAGUAAUAAAGAAAAAAUGAAUUAAUUAUAUUUUGAUGUUUUAAAGAAUUAAUUCGAUUAAUAAAUAAUACGAGUUUUUACAGAAGAAAACAAUUAUGCUUUUUUGGAUUCUUAUUAUUCGGAAUAAAAAAUAAAAAUUUAAAUAAAUAAGCAUUUAAUAGAUUAAAUAAAUAUGAAAGAAAGCUAAUAUAAACCAAUAAAUGAAGAGAAAAUAUAAGAAAUAAUAAAAAUAGAAAAUUAUAUAAAUUUAUAAGGAAUGAACUUUAAUUUUGAAUAAAAUAAAGGAUAAGACGAAUAAAAAAUAGAAAAAAAUGAUGAAGAAAAAUUGAUAUUAUAAGCAAAAGAAUAUAUAGAAAAUCAUGAAUAAUUUCGAUAUGUAAAAGACAUAGUAGAAAAAUAUGAGAUAAAUUUACUCGAGCUUGCAAAAUUAUCAGAUGAUUAAAAAGAAAAAUAUAUUGAAAAUAAAAAAGAAUAAUAUGAAUUACUUUUGUAAAAAUCAAAAGAGGAUAAAAUGGAAUUAUUUUUAAAAAGAGAAAAAAUUUAAAUAUGUUAAGUUUUUAAUUAAAAUUUAGAACAAGAAAAAUAAGAACUUAAGUCAUAUUUAGAAUCUAAAGAAUUUAAAAAUGCAAUAUAAACUUUGGAAGAAGAUGAUAAAAGGAUUAUUUUGAUUAGCUAAGAUUAAAAUUUAAAUGAACUUUUAGAUGAAUAACAAUAAUAAUAGGCUAAAAUAAUAUAAGAAUCUGCCGAAACUAAAUUCAAAUAAUAAGAAGAGAAAAAAGGUUCAUUCGAAUAAAUUCUUUAGGAAGUAAAUUAAUUGUUUAAUAAAUAAGAAUUAAGUGAAGAUGAAAAAAAAUUUAAAGAAAAAUUUGAAAAAUGCUUAUAAGUACCUAUAAUUUCUUAAAAAACGGCUUUAAAAUUGGUUUUUUUAAGUUUAUUUAAUGAAAAUUAAGAAAAAUCGAUUUCAAAAAUAUAUGAAAAUGCAUUUGUGAAUCCAUUUAAUUAUUUCAAAAUUUUCGGAUUAUAUUUAUAUUUUGUAAAAAAAAUAUUCAAUAAUUAAUAAUUAAAUAUUUAAUGGAUUGAUUAAUAUUUAGUUUCCAAAAAUAUUAAUU